AUGUCGCAAGAACAUACAACCGAUGAUAGAGAUAAGACUCUCUUUCUGGAGCAGGAAACUUCGGAAGUCAACUCUCCUCUCGAUGAAUUUCUGCAGAGUACUAAUGUUCUUGUUGUCGACCCGGAUCUCAUCACUUUACGUAAUAUGAAAGAAAUCAUGAAACAGUACACUUAUCAAGUGACAACUUAUACGGACGCAGAAGAAGCUAUCUCUUUUCUGAUAAACUGUAAACAUGAUAUUAAUAUUGUGAUAUGGGAUUAUCAUAUGCCUGGAAUUAAUGGACUGCAAGCUCUAGAAAUUAUUGGUUCAAAGAUAGAUCUUCCUGUAGUGAUUAUGUCUAAUGACCAUCAAACCAAAUCGGUGGUGGACGCAAUUCAACAUGGUGCAUGCCACUAUGUUAUGAAACCGGUUAGGAAAGAGAUCAUUGCCUUCAUAUGGCAUCACAUUAUACGUAAGAGGGUGAUGUCGAAACCUGGUUUAGUUCCACCAGUUGUGGCACAUGAUGACUGUUCAAAGUAA